GUCGGGAAUUUCUCUAUAAUAUUUCCUAGGCAAAGAGAAGAUUUUACACCGGCUGUGAUUUUGCGAAUCGGGUGAACUCAUGGCAGAAACGGUCAUAGAAUUUCUACUCGACGAACUGCUGAGCAAGGUUUUGGAGGCGAAGGACAGGGCAAUUCAGUUCAGACCCACCCUUGAACGCAUGGCCACCACCCUCAGGUCAAUAAAACCAGUGAUCGAAGAGAUAAAACAAUACAACAGGCAACUAGAUCGGUCAGAGGAUGAAACAAAGAAGUUAAUUGAAGAUGUGAAGAAUGGGGAAAAGCUUGUUCUCAAGUGCUCAAAAAUCCAGUGGUGGGAAUGCUGCUAUAGGCCCCAAUACCAGGAGCAACUUGAAGAUUUGGAUCAGUCACUUGUCAGGUUCUUUCAAGUUGAUAUGCCAGUUCAGACGGCGAGGGAUGUGAAGGAGACGCUGGUAGAGGUGAGAGGCAUUCAUAUGGAGAUUAAGAAACUGAAUGCGGUUGCGAGAAAUGAAAGGGGCCUGUGCUCGGCUCCCGAGCCCCCAACAUUCACAGUUGGAUUGGAUGUUCAUGUUGGGGAAUUGAAGGUGCGGCUACUCCAGGAUGACGUGUCAGCGAUCGUGGUCACCGGCUCGCCGGGUUCUGGGAAGACCACAUUGGCCAAAAAGUUCUGUUGGGAUGCUAAUGUCAGAGGUAAAUUCAAGGACAAUAUCUUCUUUGUCAAAUUCUCGGAGACGCCAAAUUUGAACGCUAUCGUACAGAAACUUUAUCAACACAAUGGUCGCUCAGUGUCCGAGCCUCAAAAUGAUGAAGAAGCGAUUGACCUAUUGAAACUUUUGCUAAAGCAAAUUGGGGAAAAUCCUACACUGUUGGUUCUGGACGAUGUUUGGGAUAGAUCGGAAUCUCUUGUUGAUAAUUUUCGCAUGCAGCUGCCGGAAUAUAAGAUUUUAGUGACUUCCAGAUUCGCAAUUCGAAGAUUCGGCACCCCCUAUUGCUUGAGACCCCUUGGUAAUGAGGAUGCUGUGAAGCUUUUCCGCGACUCCGCAGAACUGAGGGAGAGCCGUUUUGAUGUUCCUGAUCAUAUUGUGAGAGAGAUAGUCCAAGGCUGCAGUGGUUCUCCAAUGGUGCUAAAUGCGAUUGGCAGGUCACUCUGUGGGCAGGAUGCUGUGGUAUGGCAAAGCAGGGCAACAGAAUUGUCGAAGGGUCGCCCGAUUUUUGAAUCUAAUGAAAAUCUGCUCGCUUUUCUCCAAAAAAGCUUCGAUGUCUUGGACACUAAGUCAGUAAUUAAGGAGCGUUUCAUGGACCUAGCUUUAUUUCCUGAAGGCCAGAAGAUUCCUGCAGCUUCUCUUGUUGAUAUGUGGGUGGAAUUGUAUGGAGAAGAUGACGUAAAUGCAAUGGAGAAAAUUUAUGAACUGGCCACCCGUAACAUGGUUGAAAUUGUCGUAAGGAAAUUUCCAAGUGGCACAGGUAACUUCAGUAGCCACUUUGUCAAUCGGCAUGAUCUUUUUCAGGAGCUAGCUAUCCAUCAAAGGCAAAUUAGCCAGGAGCCACUGGAAAAGAGGAAAACACUGAUUAUUGACAUAACUGCAAACGAACUUCCCCAGUGGUGGACUGACCAAAAAGAGUAUCAUAUAGCUGCCCGCGUAUUAUCUAUAUCAACUGAUGAAUUAUUCUCUUCUGAUUGGUGUAACUUGAUACCAACUGAAGUUGAGGUUCUAGUUUUGAACUUUCGAGGGAAGAAGUACACCAUACCAAGGUUCAUAGAGAAAAUGAAUAAACUAAAAGUUCUGUUAAUCACAAAUUAUGGUUUCCACCCUGCUGCUGAGUUAGAGAAUUUAGAACUGCUUAAUUUGUUGCCCAAUGUUAAAAGAAUUAGACUGGAGCGUGUAUUGAUCCCCUCCCUCGUUGAGAAAAGAGUGCACUUGAAGAAUCUUCAGAAACUGUCUCUGUUUAUGUGCAAUGUGAAUGAAGCUUUCGAAAAUUGUUCCGUCCCUGUUUCAGAUAUGAUGCCAAACUUGGUGGAACUGAACAUUGACUACUGUAAUAUGGUGGAAUUGCCAGUUGGGUUGUGUGGUUUUGUCUUCUUAAAGAAGCUUAGUAUUACCAGUUGCCACAAGCUUUCCGCACUUCCUGAAGAAAUUGGAAAGUUGGUCAAUUUGGAAUUGCUAAGGGUUAGUUCUUGUUCUGAUUUAACAGAGUUUCCGGACUCAGUUUCCAGCCUUCAAAAGCUAAAAUUUCUUGAUAUGUCUUACUGCAUAAGCCUCAGUAGAUUACCAGAUCAUAUGGGUAAGUUACUUAAUUUGAAAGAGCUCUACAUCACGCGUUGCUCGAGAUUAUGUGAGCUGCCACCCACAAUCAUUAACCUUACGGGGCUAAGAGUUGUGGUGUGCGAUGAAGAUGUGGCUGCUUUAUGGGAACCUUGCAAAACCAUCUUUACUGAUCUGCAUGUAGAGGUGAACCAAGCUGAUUUUAGCCUGGAAUGGCUUUGAAAUUUCAUUGCCAAUAAAUGCGCUUUCUGGCCAGGGGCAACAUAUUGGAGCGGGAAUGAAGAUAUGGAAUGAAAAUGAGAAGAUAUGUGCAACGUAACUUAUGCUUCUGUGGUUUAACUAUCAGGGGACAUAAAGAAAUAGAUGCUGCCUACUUGUAUGGCUAUUGUGCAAUUGAAAAUGGACAUGAAGAGAAAGUCAUAAAAUUUUGGGCUUGAUGAUAAAUUUGUACUGAGAUAGUGUUUGUGAAGAAAGAUGGCGUGGUUGAAAGUUAUUACAAUCAAGUUUGGAGAGAGUGAUUUCUUUUGUAAUUUCAAGAUAAGUGGUUUCUAUCUUCAUCCGUUCUAAUCUCCUUUAUUCUUCGUUGAAAGUUGUUACAAUUAAGUUUGGAGAGAUUGAUUUCUUUUGUAAUUUCAAGGUAAGUGGUUUCUAUCUUCAUCCGUUCUAAUCUCCUUUAUUCUUCGUUGAAAGUUGUUACAAUUAAGUUUGGAGAGAUUGAUUUCUUUUAUAAUUUGAAGGUAAAUGGUUUCUAUCUUCAUCCGUUCUAAUCUCCUUUAUUCUUCGUGUCGUCCACGACAAGGUGGACAAGUUCCAUUCCCUCAAGUAUAAUAUAAGCGAAAUUCCCCUGCAUUUCUUAUGACUUUUAUUAACACUCGGAAUUUUUCCAUGGACUAUCGCCAGGGUCUUCGAUGGGAAGCAAGAUGAAAAGAAGAAACUUUAUCCGGAUUCGUCUGUCGUGAAUCAUGACUUUGAUAUCCUGAAUUUUUCCAUUGAUCUUAUCUUUGCAAUUAUGGAAUUUACUGGAUUAUAUUUUUUUGGUGGUUAAAGCAGAACUAGACUUUCCGUAACACCGGGAUGCAUUUUCAUUUUCAUAUUAUAAUCUCAUUAGCCGCUGUUUUUCAUUUGUUUGUUUGUUUCUGGAGUCAAGACUCGAGGAUCGAGAUAUCUGUGGCUUGUGAAACCAGGUCCUUGGACUCUCUCAGCCAUUUUGUUGUUAGUAUCUUGGAAAACCGUAAAUGUGUAUUCACGCAGGCGCGCAGCAUUUGCGAGGUUGACAUGUUGCCCUUUUCCUUUGAUCGUCUCCGGCGGGCAGAUGGAAGUAGAAAACGAGAUAUUUCCGGGGUUCUUUCAUCGAUCUCUCUAUUCAAUCCGAUCCAACGUCUGGACAGAGGCAGAUUCUUAUUCUUUGCCAAUCAGAGCAAGGUUAAAAGCCCGUAUUUUGAUUCUUCCGCCUAACUACACGGAAAUUUCCAAGACUUUACCAGCGCGCUGUUUGUCA